AUGGACCACCCUGCGGCAGAACCGGCAUUUCCGCCGCUCCACCAUGACCCUGGCAAGCUUGCUGGACUUCUGGAUAGCGGAGAGGAUCACGACAAUGCAAGUGUCGGCAGACAUGGGCUAACCACGGUACGGAUAGCAGCCGGCCGCCCUCGUGUUGCAGUCUUCAACCACACAAUACCCCUGGAUCUUUGCUCAAAUCUCGAGCUUCACGUCGUACCCCGCGAGUCUGUGAGUAAUCAUCGGGGCAACCUGGUAAGCGUCGUCGUUGAGGUUCCAGCAAGCAAUACAGCAAAGACGGCAACCUACAGACAAUCUGACUUGACUACACACGCGGUUCGAGUGCCCAACAAGGUAUUUGGACCUUGCGGAAGCAACGCUGGCCCCGCCCAACCUGAAGAUAGAUGGACCUGGGUCGUGCCCGCUUUGCCGAGCUCACCAACAUCCGGUAUUAUGGUUCACCCGUGA